CUGCUCAAAGAGCAGCAGCAGCAGCAGCAGCUGUCAUCUGCAGCAGCAGCCUGAAGCAGCCGACAUGGAGGAGAAGAAGAAGAAGAAGUCCUCCAGGAAGUCUUUGAGAACUCUGUUCUCCAGAACCGAACCGGUUCCGGACGAGUCUGCGCAGAAACAGCACGACAGGAAGAAGUUCAAGUUCCCGAAGCUGAAGAUGAAAACGAAGAUGGAGGCAGAGAGGCAGCAGGAGGUCCGGACUCCAGAGGACGACGACAGUCUGGCCUCCCUGAAGAAGACUUCCUCUGUCUGCGCCACCGAGUCCAGGUCAAAGGUUCUCCUCAGUUACUCGGACUUGGAUCUCACGUCUCCGCGUCGUUUUGCUUCGUUCUCUUUCGGCCUGAGGAAGAGGAGGAGGAGGGAUGAAGAGGAAUUCUCCAGGAGCGCCUUUGGUCUCCAUAGCAACCAGCUGGAGGAGGAGAACCCCGUCUCUCGCCUGGAUCUGGACCGGGCCGACCCGAAAACCCGGUUCAGUUUGUCUCAACCCGAACUCGAUACCAGCGGAACCUUCGACAUCCCGUCUCCCCCUGCCCCGUCCUCCAACCGGGCCGAACCGCUCUCCUUCACUGCAGGGUCGUUAACCAGAACCCGACCAGAACCGGAGGAGAUUCUCUCCAACAGAACCUCCAGAACUCUGAUCACCUCCAACCCGGAGUUUCCGGUUCCGACGGCCCGAACACACGUCCCGACUGUUCCCGACCUCCGGUCCAAACAGGCAGAACCAGGUGCGGACCAGAACCUCACCUCAUCCACUGCAUCGAGAAACGGGGAUGGUUCUGAUGGUCCGAGUCCGGAUCCAGAACCUCACGGUACCUCAGGACCCCGGACUGUGGUUCUGGAGCAGCGGACCGGUUCCUCCAGGCGGGACUCGGGUUCAACUCUGGGCGAACCGGAACCUGAAGAAGCGUUAACACUCUCUAUGAUCCCAGAACCGGAACCGGGCAGCUCCGAACCGAACCCGACGGUACCAGGUGAAGGUACCAAGCUGGACCUAAAAGUAACAGUUGAACUUUCUGAACUGGACCCGGCAGCACCCGCUGAAGGUUUUGACCCAGAACCAGCUAAAUGUUCUGAUCCAGAACCGAACCCACCGGUACCAGCUGAAAGUUCUGUACUGGACCUGAUGGUACCUGCUGUCUCAGCUGCAGGUUCUGACCCUGAACCGGACGCGGUGGUACCGCCUGCCCGCCCUGGUUCGGGUCGGGAUUCGGUGUUCGGAACUCUCUAUAAUUCUCUGUUUCCUCCUCGGUUCUUCCUGGUUCGGUCUCCAGACCGGGUCCCAGAACCAGAACCGCCUGGGGUCCAGACCCUCCCUCUACUGUCACCGGGCCCCGGCGCAGGUUUUUCCGGUUCUACUGAAACCAAACCGAGCCGUGUGAUUCGGGUUCGGACCGCUUCUCCGGUUACCGCAGAGUCUCCGGGGACUGACUCUCGGGUUUCCGGCUCUGAACCCAGACUGGUUCCGGUCGGACGGCCGAUCGCAGCAGACUGCUUGCCUCCGGAUCGCGGAAUGAACGUUCAGGACUUCUCCGAACCUCCCGAACCGGACCGGGCUCUGAGUCCGGCCUACCUAAGCGUCGGUUCGGACGACGGCGGAGAGCUUUACUUCAGCGCCCCGGAGGAAACCCCGGAGAGCGGAGAGGAGGCGGACCUGCGGGACGGCGGGGGGGAUUUUGAGACCCCCAGAGGUCAGAGGUCAGAGGAGAAAGCAGAAACAGCCUCGGCACAGGUGAGAGUGUGGGAGGAGCCGGAGCCACCGGUUCCGCAGGUAAACAGGCUGCAGGAAUGCGGCUCGGCCCCGCCCGCCGCCGGUGCGCCGGCGGAGGGAAACCAGGCCGCAGAAACCGAAGAUUCCGCUCAGAAAGCCCCGAACCUGCCGGGACCGGUUCUGGUUUCUGACCCCAGGAGAACCGAGGAAAUCCGAGAGGAGCUGCGAGUCCGGCCGCCAGGAGAGGAAGAGGAGGAGGAAGAGGAACGCGCCUUCACGCGUCCUGCAGCGGGGGGGACGCCUGACGCCGCCGGCCGUCCCGAGGGGGCGGGGAUCAGAACGAGCCGCGUUAACGGAGCCGCCGCCACGCAGCGACAGGUGUCAGACCUGACGUCGGCUCUGGACGGACGUAGACCGCCUGGACCGCAUCCCGCCCGCGCCGCGGCUCAUCUGGACGGCAGUUGCCAGCCUCCAGAACCAGAACCAGAUGACAGGAUGAGUUCAGGCUACAGCAGCCUGAGCACCAAGCUGACCCUGAAGAACCCGUCUCCUCCCAGAGAGGAGGAACCCAAACCCCGCUUCCACAAAGUGUCCCUGGUUACCAUGGAAACCAGCAGCACACCCGAGCCAGACGAUCCGGAACCAGAGUACAAGUGGAAGAACCGUUUUCAGGGUGUGACUCAGUUUAAAUCCAGCAGGUCCCCCCUCCCUGAAGACAAUGAACCGUCCUCACGCUUCAGCUCCUCAGACAGCUCAGUGUACUUGAGCCCCGCUGGAGGCGGGGAGUGGAGGCGGAGCCUGCUGGAGGAGGGGGAGGAGUCAGCUGCUCCUGCAGGUGAAGAGGACGAGCUGCUGAAAGGAGAGACGGAGUGGAGGAAGUCGAGGUGGGAGCUGGAGCCGCUCUCUGAUUCCUCCUGCAGCACCGAAGACAAAGACUCCUCCUUCUUCACCGGAGUCUUCAAGGCCACCCUGGUGGACCUGACCCCUGACCCCCCAGCCUCUCCUGACCCUCCAACGUCCCCUGACGUCGACUCCCCCGUCAACGACAUGGACAGCCUGGUGGACACCCUGAGGAGCAUGGGGCCCUCUCAGAGGCCCCGGAGCACCGGCGUGCGAGCAGCUCCUCCUCCACUGGUCUCCACCCUGUCCCCCAUCAGAGAGGACACAGGGAACCCCGUCAUCUCCACCCUGUCCCCCAUCAGAGAGGACACAGGGAACCCCGUCAUCUCCACCCUGUCCCCCAUCAGAGAGGACACAGGGAACCCCGUCAUCUCCACCCUACCCCCCAUCAGAGAGGACGUGGGUAGUCCCUUUGUCCGUAGCACCCCCCAGAGGACAGAGGAGCCCCAGAACCAGCUGUACACCCUGCCAUUGGACCUGGGCCUGAAGAGGAACGUGUCCAGAGACGCCCGCUCCCCGAUGGAACUGAUGAAGAUCCAGGAGCUGACUUCCUCGCUGCACAACGGGAACGGCACUCCUUCGUCUCCCACCACCGGCUCUCGCCUAGACAACAGUGUCCUGUUCAGCUCUUACCGCUCCUCAAACUUGGACCUGAAGUUGGAAAACGGCACGGCCCACCGACCGCCGUUCCGCUCCCUGCCGGACACAGGAACCCUGGGAAUGAGACUGAGCGAGACUGGUGAGGCGGGGCCUGUUGGGGACGCAGCGGGGUCCCGACUGGAGCGCCUCUCCUUCCUCGUCAACUCCUCUUCAUCCCUGAAUGGAGACGCCGGCCCCUCCAGGAUCAGCCGAUCGCCCUCCUUGAUCCUAGGCUCCCCCACCUCCAACAGCCCCACCCGUUUGCUCAGCCCCACUGGCUCCAUCGACCCUCACCGGGCCCCCACCAUCUCAGAGCCCCACCCGUUCAGCCAGGGGCCUGGGGUCCUACGGAGGAGCCUCAGCUAUGAGGGGCUAUCACAGGCAUCCCUGUUCAGCAGUCUGUCUGGAGGGCCACAGUUCAGCAGUUUGUCUGGAGGGCCACAGUUCAGCAGUCUGUCUGGAGGGCCACAGUUCAGCAGUUUGUCUGGAGGGCCACAGUUCAGCAGUCUGUCUGGAGGGCCACAGUUCAGCAGUUUGUCUGGAGGGCCACAGUUCAGCAGUCUGUCUGGAGGGCCACAGUUCAGCAGUUUGUCUGGAGGGCCACAGUUCAGCAGUUUGUCUGGAGGGCCACAGUUCAGCAGUCUGUCUGGAGGGCCACAGUUCAGCAGUCUGUCUGGAGGGCCACAGUUCAGCAGUCUGUCUGGAGGGCCACAGUUCAGCAGUCUGUCUGGAGGGCCACAGUUCAGCAGUUUGUCUGGAGGGCCACAGUUCAGCAGCGUUCAGGCGGGGUCCCGGCUCCAGAACCAGAAAGAUGAACCAGACAGCAACCUGAUGUCCAAGUAUCGAGCCUUCCCAGAUGCCUAUCUCACCAAGGAGAAGGAACACGGGAAGCUGAACCCGCGACCAGGAAAGAUUUAUAUCUUUGACCGGCCAGGAAUGUGCGGCCGCAGGAUGGAGAUCCGCGGAGACGUCAUGGACGCCACGUCCUGGGAGCUGCAGGACACCAUCUCCAUCAGGGUGGUCCGAGGAGGGUGGGUUCUCUAUGAAAAGCCCAACUUUAAAGGGGAGAAGAUCGCCCUGGACGAGGGAGACGUGGAGCUUACCGGUCCCUUUAGCCCACCUGAGGAGGCGCUGCAGAACAGACAGGAAGAAGAGAAGAAGAACGGAGAAACGGAGGAGCACAUCGAGGAGAAACCGACCCAGAAGUUCAUCAUCGGAUCGAUUCGCAGAGCGGUCAGGGACUACAGCGUUCCAGAGAUCUGUCUCUUCCCAGAGGAGAACGCGGAGGGGAAGAAGGUGGUUUUCCGGGACACGGCGGAGGACGCCAGGAUCUUCGGGUUUCCCAUCAAAGCCAAUUCCAUCAUCGUGAACGCCGGGCUCUGGCUGGUCUUCGCUCAGCCCUUCUUCCAGGGCGACCCUCGCAUCCUGGAGGUGGGGGGCUACUCUACCCCUGCGGCCUGGGGCGUGGAGCAGCCCUAUGUGGGCUCAGUGCAUCCCCUCAAAGUGGGAGAACCUCGGGUGGAGAACAUGAGCCAACCCAAGAUGGUGAUCUACGAGAAGCCGUACUUCUCUGGGAAGUCCAGGACCAUUUCCUCCAACAUGAGGGACUUCAUGAGCCGGACGGACCGCCAGCAGAACCUCUUCAUGGCCAGCCUGGGCUCCCUGAAGGUCCUGGGAGGAAUCUGGGUGGGAUACGAGAACGAAGGUUUCCGCGGUCACCAGUACCUGCUGGAGGAGGGCGAGUACCAGGACUGGAGGGUGUGGGGGGGCUGCGACUCCGAGCUGCGCUCCGUUAGGAUCAUCCGGGCGGACCUGACGGACCCAGUGAUGGUGAUGUUCGAGCAGCCUGAGGAGGAGCAGGGCGUGACGGAGGAGAAGACCUUCGAGGUGACGGAGGCCAUCCCUGACGUAGAGCUCUUCGACUAUAAAACCUCCACCCGCUCCAUCCACGUCCUCAGCGGAGCGUGGAUCGCCUACUCCCAUGUGGACUUCUCAGGGAACCAAUACAUCCUGGAGAAAGGCUUCUACAACAACUGUGCUGACUGGGGCUCCCAGGACACCCGGGUCUGCUCGGUCCAGCCCAUCUUACCGGCUCCAGCUGAAUCCUCCGGCCCCAGAGACGAGAUCAUUCUCUACUCUGAACCAGACUUCCAGGGCGAAUGCCUCGUCUUUCACCACAGCCAGGGGGCGCUGUCAGAGAAAUUCCUCACCGGGUCGUGUCGAGUGGUGAGAGGAAGCUGGGUCCUCUGUGAGAACAAGCAGUUCUCUGGGAACAUGUAUGUCCUAUCUGAGGAGGACUAUCCCAGUCUGACCAGUAUGGGCUGCCCCUCCAGCUGCUCGGUGCUCUCCAUCAAGCUGGUGCCGAUGACGCUGUCGGUGCCGUCCGUGUCUCUGUUUGGACUCGAAGGUCUGGAGGGCCGGGAGAUCACCACCGAGUCGGAGGUCACCAGUCUGGUCCAGGACGGCUUCAACGACCACAUCCUGUCGGUCCGGGUCAACAGCGGCUGUUGGGUUUUGUGUGAGCAUAGCAACUACAGGGGGCGCCAGUUCCUCCUGGAGCCGAUAGAAAUCACCAACUGGCCGAAGUUCAGCUCCCUGGACCGGAUCGGGUCCAUGUACCCCAUCAGACAGAAGCGUCACUUUUUCCGGGUGAAGAACAAGGAGAGCGGUCACUUCCUGUCUGUGCAGGGCGGGGUGGAGGAGCUGAAGUCGGGUCGGGUGGUGGCGGCGGCGGAGGUGGAGCCGCUGAGCGACAUCUGGUUCUACCAGGAGGGACGGAUUAAAAACAAGCUCUCUCCCUCCAUGUGUCUGCAAGUGAUGGGCAGCGUGGAACCGGCAGCCAAGGUGGUUCUGUGGAACGAGAGCCGGCAGCCGAUCCAGAAUUGGUCGGCGAAGAUGCAGGGUCCGAUCGGCAGCCUGACGUUCCCUGGAAUGGUGCUGGACGUUAAAGGCGGCAGAGCGUACGAUAAGGAGCAUGUGGUGGUGAUGCCAGAGAACGACGAGAGGCCGAGUCAGCAGUGGGAGAUCCAGCUGCUGUAGCCGGAAACCUGUGGCGCCUUUCUGGAGCUGCACGGUCUCCUGAAAGCACAGAGAGCGGCGGACCGGAUCUGAAAUGGUUUACAGGCAGCAGGAGGUUUUGUUACCAAAGAUACUCCCGACCUUCUGGUUGUGGUUCCACUGAGCUCCUGUAAAUGUUCUGCCUGGAUCGCUACACACCAACCAGCAGAACAGGAAUGUUUGCUCUCAGUAUGUUUAUAUGUACAUGUGUGUGGACGACGCUGCGGCCGGGUUCUUCCCAUUUUAUUAGCCUCCUACUGUUACAUUAACCUGCUUCAGCUCUGUUAAUAUUUGAAAUGAAAUGCAUUCAGUUGGAAGAUGUUGUACACCAGGGAAGGGUUUUAAAAUGUUAAAUAAACAAUAAAGCGAUUGUUAUUUUGUCA